AACGAGCACAGAGCACCUUAGUAUACCCAAUAAUAUGCCAGGAAUAAUGAUAGGAGAUUGCUGAUCGAUUCCAGCCCACCUCACAUAAAAGAGGACAAGUUGCAGUCGAUGUCAGCCAUCAAAUAACAAAGAAUCAUGGCUACUCCUGACAUCACCCUAUACACGUGGCCCACGCCCAACGGGUUAAAGAUUUCAAUUGUCUUGGAGGAGCUGGGCCUCCCUUACAAAGUGCGGCCUGUGAAUCUCGAGUCCAGAGAGCAGAAGGAGAGAUGGUUCCUCAAAUUCAACCCGAAUGGUCGCCUGCCAGCAAUAACAGAUGGCAACACCCGGGUCUUUGAAAGUGGUGCCAUUAUGCUUUACCUAACAGGGAGAUACGACACCGCUCGAAAGAUCAGCUACGCUCCAGAAGAUCUUCCUGGAUACACAGAACAGUUGAGCUGGUUAAUGUGGCAAAUGGGGGGGCUGGGUCCGAUGCAAGGACAGGCCCAUCACUUUCAGGGCUUUGCACCCGUGCGUUCUGACUGGGGAAUCCAGCGAUACACUGACGAGGCAAAACGCCUGUAUUCUGUGCUCGAGGCCCGCCUGCAGGAGGUCCCUUAUCUUGCUGGGGAGAAGUUUUCGAUUGCGGACAUUGCGUGCUACUGCUGGGUACGGGUAUCUCCAAACAUAAUUGCCUUCAACCUGGGAGAUUGGCCGGCAGUGCAGAGAUGGCAUGAUCGCAUCAUGGAACGAGAGGCCGUGAAAACGGCGUUGAGAGUUCCUGAAGCUCCUAUUACAGAGGCUCAGUUCACGAUAAUCGUGGCGCAGAAGAGAAAGGAAAUGAUGGAGCGGAACAACGCUGAUUUGCAUUAAUUGGGGGGUCUAGUAUUGAUAUAUUUCCAGUAUGAUACUCGCAACUCGUUGGCCCACUCAAGGACC